AUGAUAUCUAUAUUUUUAUUGGCUUAUGCUCCUUCCAAUAAACUUGAUUCAAAAUACAUAUCUGGCGGUAAUAUUCUCAACAGACCUGUUUCUAGCGGCAGGCAAAUAUUUGAAAAAAAUGAACAUGAUUAUCCUGUAAAAAAACCUACGGAGAAACAUGAAGGUCUCUUGCAGUGCUCUGGCGAAGCAAUAUUUACCAACGAUUUACCUCCUCAGUCACAGCAACUUUGGGCUGCCUUUUUUUCGGCUAAGAAGGUUGGUGCUACAGUGAUUGACAUUGAUUCAACUGAGGCAAUGAAAUUACCUGGUGUAGUGGCUGUAUUUACAGCUAAAGAUGUACCUGGAAAAAAUCUUAUUUCCGUACCAGACAACUUUUUCUUUGUCGAAGAGGAGGAACUUUUCUUAACUGGAGAAGUCAAAUUUUAUAACCAACCGGUUGGUAUUGUAGUGGCCGAAUCAAAUACUUUGGCAUAUAAAGCAGCUGAAUUGAUCAAAAUUAAGUAUGAGGGCAGCACCAAAGAAGUAUUUUCCACCCUUAGGGAAGUUUUAAAUGGUGGGCCAUCAAACAGGAUACAACAUUCUAUUAAAUCUGAUGCUACAGAAGAUGCAAUGAAAACGGACAAUUAUGAUUUAGAGAUGAAAGGUGAACUGGAAAUGGGGUUACAAUAUCAUUUCUUCAUGGAACCUCAUAGCACUGUAGCCAUACCUUCUGAAGGUGGCAUUCAAUUGUAUGUUGCUACGCAGUGGAUGGACUUGGUUCAAAUUGUGGUUUCAAAUCUACUGAACCUGAAAAAUAAUGAAGUUCAAGUUAUAACCCGUCGCCUUGGUGGUGGUUAUGGUGGUAAGGCCACGCGUUGUAAUCCUGUCGCUUGUAGCGCUGCUUUGGCAGCCUACAAACUGAACAGACCAGUCCGUUUUGUUCAAUCUAUUGAGUCAAUGAUGGAUACUUUAGGCAAAAGGUGGCCAUGCAAUGUGGACUACAAUUUUUAUGUGAAAGAGUCGGGUAAAUUCGUCAAACUAAUUUCUAAAUUUUAUGAAGACGCUGGAUAUUCUCCUAAUGAAUCUCCAAUGGGUCAUACCUUGCUGGUAUCAAAAAACUGUUAUGACUUCACUUCAGACAACUUUAUCUUGGAUGGCUAUAUGGUGUUGACCGAUUCUCCAAAUAAUACAGCAUGCAGCCCGGGUUCUGUAGAAGGCAUAGCUAUGAUAGAAAAUAUCAUAGAACAUGCAGCCUUUGAAUUGGGUCUGGAUCCCUUAGAGAUUCGACUGACUAAUUUAAUUCCUGGGCACAAAAUGGCGUCCAUGAUACCACGAUUUAUCGACUCAACUCAAUAUAAAAUAAGAAGACAAGAAAUCAUUGAGUUCAAUAAGCAAAACCGAUGGAUUAAACGAGGUAUUGGUUUGGCUACUAUGGAAUAUCAUAUUGGUUAUUUUGGACAAUUCCCUGCAACUGUAGCAAUUUAUCAUGGUGAUGGUACAGUUGUUAUUACACAUGGCGGCAUAGAAAUGGGUCAGGGCAUGAACACAAAAAUUGCUCAAGUAGCAAGUCACACAUUGGACAUUCCUCUAGAGUUAAUUCGAAUUGAGGGCAGUAAUAGCAUUAACGGCGCUAAUUCAAUGGUAACAGGAGGUUCAAUUGGUAGUGAAACUGUUUGCUUUGCUGUGCGCAAAUGUUGCAAUGCGUUGAAUGAACUUCUCAAACCUAUUAAGGAAGAACUAAAAGAUCCUAAUUGGAAGAGUAUAAUAAAUGAAGCUCAUAAUCGUAAUUUAAAUUUAAUAGCAAGUGAUGGCUGUAAAACUGGUGAAAUGGACCCAUAUACUGUGUGUUCACUUGGUCUCACUGAAGUUGAACUAGAUGUCUUAACAGGAAAUUAUCUCGUCAAACGCGUAGACAUAUUGCAGGAUGCUGGAGAAAGUUUAAAUCCAAAUGUUGAUGUUGGACAGGUAGAAGGCGCAUUUGUAAUGGGUUUAGGCUACUGGACAACCGAACUCUGUGUCACAGACAAAACCACUGGAGAACUUAAAACAAAUCGUACAUGGAACUACAAACCACCUGGAGCUAAAGAUAUUCCAAUAGAUUUUCGUAUUGAACUUUUGGCACAAAGUCCAAAUCCGGCAGGUUUUAUGAGAUCAAAAGCAACUGGAGAACCUUCCAUAUGCUUGCCAGUUAAUGUAGCUUUUGCUCUACAACAGGCAAUGCAAUCAGCACGAGAUGAUGCUGAAUUGCCGAAGAAAUGGAUAACUUUAAGAGCCCCUAUGACACCCGAUUAUAUUCUUUUAAAUUGUGGAACGGAUGUCACCAUGAUGACUCUAGCAAACAAGUACUAAACUGUAGAAGUACUAAACUUUUAUUCGAUAUUAAAUGUAUUAAAUGUAUGCAUUUUAAAUUAUAAAUGUAUUUUAAUCGUUGUUAACUUUUUAUGUUAAAUAAAAAUCAAUUAACAAGUU